AAAGCAGAUAAACAGAAAAAUCCAACCCAAGCUCUAUUCGACUAUGUGGUAGAAGAAGCUGAAGCACCAGUUGCUUCAACAUCUGGGACUUCUGAAACUUCUAAGAUGUCUAACCUACCUGAGCCAAAAAUCAUUGAGCGGUCUCAAAAGGACCAGCUCAAAACUAGCAAGCUUCCCGAACCUAUUGAGCUUAUAAGUGAA